GUUUCAGCCACAAGGACAAGAGGGAAGCAUGGCAAAGCAUAACUGAUGCCAUUAAUGGAACAAAUCCACUGACUAAGCGGACUGUAGAAGAAGUUGAAACCAAAUGGUUUUCUGUCCUCUCAAAAUCGAGGAAGAAAAUUUUGGCAAUAAAGGCUGAAUAUAACCAAUCAGGUGCUGGUGGCCCCCAAGCUCCUCCACUUGACCCAGUAGACAUGAAGGUUGAAGAAUUAUUAGGGGAGAAGAAUGCAACUGUGAUAGGUGUGAUUCAGAAUGAUCUCGGCUUUCAUACGUUGAGGAAGCUGCAAACCCAACAACGGCAGGAAGACACUGAAGAGUUGGGAGAAGAACCACCCCAGCAACAGGUAGAGGAUGAUAGUGAACUCCCUCAGCUUCAUUGGCAAAGUGUCCAAGUCCAGCCCCAGCCACAACAAUCUUUGCACAAGGCCCAGCACUUAGAACUCUUGGAGGAUGGGUCCUUUAUAGAAUGCACCAUAGCUGAACCUGAAACCUCUAAGGCCCAACCAAGCAUAUCAACACCAAAACUAAGAAAGUGUUCAAGUGUCAGUGAUGAGUAUGAACAAUACAAAGCUGAAAAACGCAAAUUGAAACUUGAAAAGGAAAAGUUAAAAAUUGAAAAAAGGAAAGUAAAAUUGUUAGCAUUGAAGGGAAACAUUGAACUUAAACAAAAGUUAAUGAUGGCUGAAAUUGAAUAUUACCAGUCUUUGACAGCAAAAAAUAUGAAAAAUUAAUAAUUGAAUUGUAUAGGCUUCAUUUUUGAUACAGUAGAAAUUUAUGAUGAGGAAAUAAAAAUAUAUUAUUUUAUUUAUUAAGAUUUUACAGUAUAUUGCAGUAUUAUUAACAAGAUUGAAUCUCAUGAAGAUUGUCCACCCCAGAGUACCCAACUGAAAAUUGUCCACCCGAGCCGCACUCUCAUGAAGAUUGUCCACCUCAGCUGCUCUCAGCAUCCAACACCAAAGUUUAGGUUAGGUUAGGUUAGGGAAUGGUCGGGUCAGCUGAAGAUUGUCCACCCCCAGUCUGGCUCUCAUGAAGAUUGUCCACCCUAACAUGCUUGGGGUGGACAAUGUCUGGUUCUGACAGUGCAUCAAUUGUCUGAGUAAUGACAUGGCUGAUUGUUGCUUGUGAGGUCCCAAAGUCAUCACUGCUGCACUGCUGCAUUUUACCUGUGGCCAAAUAUCUUAGGGUAAUUGCCACCUUCAUCUCAGGACUCGGUGGUUGAUUCCGUUCUGUACGGGAUUGAAGUUUGCCCCUCACUAAAUCAGCCACUGUUAU